CACAGCAAUGAGUGCUAGUUUUAUAUAUAAAUAGUGCCCAGAUGAGAGUUUAAUACUAAAGCCCUAGCCGCCUCUUGAUUGCCCACCGUUUCAGUAUUACAACUGUCCUCUCAUUGUAGUACCUUCUAUCAUCUACUUGUCAAGUUGGGAUACUACAUUCCAAUGGCUCAUAUUUCCUCUUCGGGUGACGCGGGUCGUCUUUUACCGGUUGAGAUCGAUGAGAUUGCACGCAAUGACCCUCAACGUCCCUGGGCGUCAAUCCCUAUGACCGACAAUGAUCUAUCUCGAGGGUAUGAAGACAUUAGCUAUGAGGUAUUGGCUAACGCAAUCAACAAGCUUGCCUGGAUUAUUGACUCUGCCAUAGGACAAUCCACGUCCUUUGAAAGUAUGGCUUAUCUUGGCAUCACUGAUCUUAGAUAUCACAUGAUGCAAAUGGCUGCUUGCAAGACUGGCCAUCAAGUCUUGUUUUCUUCUCAUCUCAACAGUCUACAGUUACAUCUGUCACUCAUGGAGCGGCUGAAUUGUGGAUCACUGUUCUAUAGUGAGGACAUGCAAGUUGAUGAUAUACUUACCGCUCGGUCAAUGACGCAUAUACAAAUUCCAACACUAGACGAGCUCAUAAACAUUAAGGAUCGCGCAAAGUGGUAUCCUUAUACAAAGACCUAUGAGGAAGUCGCCCAGGGCCCCUAUCUUACACUCCACACUAGCGGUACGACUGGAACCCCCAAACUGCUCAUCUUUAACCACGAAAUUAUCAGGAACGCACUCUCGCAGAAUUCGCUGCCAGACGUCGAAGGGCGCUCGCACGUUAGAGGUCUAAUGAAUCCAGGCCUCGGCACUCGCUUUCUCAUGCCAACAUCCCCAUUCCAUGUCAUAUCCUCAGUAAUUGGGAUGUGCUUCACCGUAUUUGGCGGUGGUGUUCUUGUUUUACCAUAUCGAAGCCGCGGCAUGUCUGUAACGGACCCAAUAUUUGAGGUGUUCACGUACUCGAGGGUUAAACAGGCAAUUAUGAUGCCGUAUACGUUGGAAGCGGUUGCCCAAAAACCUAAUCCAGAGGACUAUAUCAAAAUUUUCGAAAGGGCAUACUUUGGGGGUGGCGAGCUCUCUCCAUUAGCUAGAGAAACAUGGGCAAAAUAUACGCGAAUCCAAAAUUGUUGGGGUUCUAGUGAGUUAGGAUUUCCGCCUCAGCUUGAAGCUGACCCCGAAGACUCUGAGUAUGUAUAUUUCGACAUGGAGCAUAGCGGCAUCGAGUUUCGAGAAAUUCAGAUGGGUGACAGCGCAGACGACGUAGGCCCAGAGAAGCUGUACGAGAUGGUUCACGUUUGGUCACCGAAGACUGGCAAAUACUCGACACAUUUUGCUCGCGAAAGAGCCAUAACAGGCUCAGAACCACCGUAUCAAGACUUCCACGUUGGCGAUCUCUGGACACCACAUCCAGACCGGAACAAAUCCGGAUACGUCUGGCGAUUCGCUGGUCGAAAAGACGACCUUAUUACCCUUGGUACGGGUCUCAAUGUCCGUACAGCAGCAGUCGAGGAAGCACUAUUAGCACACGAUCAGGUGAAGGGCGCAAUAAUGGUAGGAAACAAGCGCUUGCAACCUCUAGUAGUGCUCGAGCUUGUUCAUGGGACACCCCAAGAGGCAGCUCAUAUGAUUUGGAAAUCGGUUAUUGAGCCCCUGAAUGCCAAGGCGCAGUCUCAUGCACGGAUUGCUAGUACACACAUCUUGGUUGUGCCAGCUGGUGGACUUGUUAGGACGCCCAAAGGAACUAUAUCGAAAGUAAAGUCGGAGCGUAAACUCUCGAAAGAAAUCGAAGAAGUAUAUUGGCGGUGUGGCGACGUCUGGCAGGCUGAUGGUCGACCUAAUGAAAACACCGUGUAGUUGGAGUAUAGCUUUAUUUGGUCCCAAAUGAUGUUAUCUAUAUGAUGAAAGUGGAUUCCCGAGAGCUGAUUUUAGAAAUUUCCACAGCCGAUUCAUAAUUUUAUUAUUGAAUCCACUUUUUACUUAACCCUAUAGAGAUUCACGAGUAGGUUAAGGUUCGCUACAACAGUGCCCAACCUAGAGUAGG